CCGGCUGGGGUAAAUCCUACACUACCACGCCAACUUACUUAUAACCUGACACUAUUGCUGCUCUGCUCUUGACUUUGCUUUUCAGGUUACUCGACUCUUGUCGCAUUCAAUACUUGAUCUACUGUAAUAUCUCGACAUGUCUACGAUAGAGAAGCACAAAGGCCGGGUCGAUGAUGACGCCCAACUUGCGGCCAUGGGCCACAAGGCCGAGUUGGAUCGCAAUUUCUCCAUGCUAUCGAUGUUAGGACUGGCGUUUGCGAUUCUCAACUCAUGGACGGCUCUUUCAGCAAGUUUAUCGCUCAGUCUUCCUUCCGGAGGAAGCGUGAGCGUCGUUUGGGGGUUGAUCACUGCGGGGAUCUGUAACCUUUGCAUUGCGGCUUCGCUGGCUGAGUUUCUGUCUGCGUAUCCUACGGCUGGUGGACAGUAUCAUUGGGUUGCAGUUAUCUCUUGGGAGAGAUGGAGGCCAAUUCUCUCUUGGAUUACUGGUUGGGUGAACGUGUCUGGCUGGGUCGCUCUCGUCGCUACUGGUGGACUCUUGGGCAGUCAGUUGAUCCUAGGCGUUAUUUCCUUGAUGAAUCCGGAAUAUGAGGCGCAGCGGUGGCAUCAGUUCCUCAUCUACAUUGCUUAUAAUAUUGCCGCGUUCAUCAUCAAUGCCUUGAUGAACUCUGUUCUUCCUUAUAUUACUAAGAGUGCCUUCAUCUGGUCCCUCACUGGGUUUACUGUCAUAUGCAUUACGGUGCUAGCAUGCGCAUCGCCAAAUUACAACUCGGCAAAAUUCGUGUUUACAGAUUUCAUCAAUGAGACAGGCUGGCCUGAUGGUGUUGCCUGGUUGCUUGGAUUGCUUCAAGGUGGACUUGGUGUUACUGGAUUUGACGGUGUCGCGCACAUGAUUGAAGAAAUCCCUCGUGCUUCGGUUGUUGGCCCCAAGAUUAUGAUCGGUUGCGUCUGUAUCGGAACUGUGACUGGUACCAUCUUCCUGAUUGUGCUGCUCUUUGUUGCUGGCAACAUCGACGAUGUAAUCAGUUCGGCGGCCGGACCUCUCCUACAGAUCCUCAAGAACGCAACCAACAGCAAUGCCGGCGCCAUCUGCCUGCUCAUGUUCCCUCUGGUCUGCAUGCUUUUCGCAACCAUCUCCAUCAUGACAACAAGCAGCCGUAUGAUCUUCGCUUUUGCAAGAGAUGGAGGUCUUCCGGCUUCUCGCUUCUUCAGCAAAGUGCACCCCAAGCUGAAGGUUCCUCUGAACUCUUUGUAUCUGAAUCUGGCACUGGUUGUCAUCUUUGGAUGCAUCUUCCUUGGCUCUACCAGUGCUUUCAACGCCAUUGUCUCCGCUUCUGUGGUACUGCUUGAUGUUGCAUAUGGUAUGCCAAUUGCGGUCAACUGCCUCCGCGGACGUAACAUGCUCCCAGAGCGCCCAUUUGUGCUUCCUAACCUUGUUGGCUGGACUGCCAAUGCGAUCUCCCUUGUCUACAUCUCAGUCACCACUGUGCUCUUUCUCUUCCCGCCAGAGCUCCCCGUAUCGGGCAGCAGCAUGAACUACUGCGUCGCUGCCUUUGGCAUUAUCAUCGUUAUCUCGGCUAUUCAGUGGAUCAUUGACGGACGGAAGAACUUCACUGGACCACGGACCGAUAUGGACAUCUUGACAGGACAACUCCCUGCUGGCCACUACCCUGUCGACAGUAAUGCUGCGCAUGUAGUACCUGACGAAAAGUAGCCUCAGGAAGGCGCUUGCUGUAUAGUACUCACAGAGUGAGAAUGUACUACUUCCAUGCUAUUUCAACACUAUUUGGUACAAUAUCAACGAUCGUUGUGACUGAGGUCGUUCGUCCGCUCCACUGCCUCACAGUCGCCCUUCCAUGUUGCGAAAGAUGCCCCAUAAGAGGCGAUGGGAUAGGUAUUAUCACAGUCUAUACACAGUAUAUGUAGCGACAGGCAAAAACAAUCGUGGAUCGAUUGGCGAUGUGACACAACAAGGGCGAUAAGAAAAGUUGCACAAAAGACCGACG